CAAUACACGGCGGGGAAGAAUCAGAGAAGAGUGGCGCUGUUUUGGCGUUGCGAAUAACGUUGCCGCCGCCGCCGCGAUUCUUGAAAUCUUUUCGCGGAAUCUUCAAACUAUUGCCGGAGUACCAAAUCCGAAUCUAAGCAUUUUCAAAUUCCACAAUCCCAGCUGCUAGACCUCAAUGAAUCGCCGCCCUCCUUCCUUCCGUCCCCUCGCCGUCGCUGCCAUCUCCGACGCCGGCAUGUCUUAUCGUCCCUAUUUCAGAGGAGGGCGUCCGCAUGGGAGAAGCUACUCUGAAAGACCAUUCCGUCCCGCAAGCGGGGAACGCGGGGAAUUCGUGUCCGGCGAUUCCCACUUCCGUGCAGUUCAAGACGCCAACCGCGGUUUCCGACCCAGUUAUAAUGCUGUUCCUCCACCACCUCAAUAUGUAACGGGUCAGCAGUUGUAUGGACCUGGAUCACAAUCGUACCGGCCAGGUCCGCCUGUCUCGCAGCAGCUUCCUGGGCCGCGCCCCUAUGGGCAACCACGGCAGGUGGGACCAGCUUUUGGUAAUUAUCAGCAGUUUAGACCACAGCAAAGGCCGCAACAUUUCAGGCAAAGGGCCCCUAAGCCUCUGGAUUAUCGAGAUUGGGAGUAUGCAAAACCGGGGCCACCUCGUCAUUGUGUACUAGCUGACUACUUGGCCACCGAUCAUUGGCAAAAACUUUACUUCCACAUUCCUCGCUACAUCAUGGACUGGAAUUGGCGCAAGAAAAAUAUAACUUUUGAGCUUGGAUUAUGGUCAGCUGACAUUUUGUGUUUUCAGGAGGUUGAUAGAUUUCAAGACAUAGCAGCAGAAUUGAAGCCCCGUGGGUACAAUGGCAUCUGGAAGAUGCGAACUGGUGAUCCUGCCGAUGGUUGUGCCAUAUUUUGGCAUGCUUCAAGGUUCAAGUUGCUGCAUGAAGAAUCAAUUGAGUACAAUAAGCUUGGACUCCGGGAUAACGUUGCCCAGAUAUGUGUGUUCGAGACUCUGAGUGGGCAGAAUAAAAAUAAUGCGGCAUCAACUAUGUCUCCAAGGCAAGACUUUUGUUUCAUUUAUUAUUUGGAUCUUCCUAUGAUUUCUCAAAACUUUGUUUUUCAAACUGGAAAAAUGAAGGAGGAGAAGAAGAAAAAUGUGCCUUUACAAGAAGGUGAUACUGGAGUACUAGUGUUGCUCAGUGAUUCUUGUAUAGUACUGAAAUAUUCAUCUUGGAAAUGCAUGUUAGUAUUUACAUAUUUCUUUGAUUACAUUUUUCUCUAUCAGAUCAGGGUGCUCCUGGACAGGGCACAUGCUGUUUCCAAGCUUUGGGAUGAUGCUCCUGUAGUUAUCUGUGGAGACUUUAACUGCACUCCCAAGAGUCCCAUGUACAACUUUAUCAGAGAACAAAAGCUAGAUCUGUCAGAGCUGGCCCGAGAUCAGGUUUCUGGCCAGGCCUCCGCUGAAAUACGUCCAUCUAGGCCUUCUUCUCCUGAUUUUAGGUCACAAGCUGCUAAUGAUUCUAUUCAAGCCGCUACAGUUUAUUCUCAAAAAAGGCAAGAACCAGAUUUGCCUUUAGAUGCACAGAAGUUAAUCUAUCCUCGCUGUUCCCCAGAUACCUCUUCUACAGGAAGCUACUCUGAACCUGGACGUUCAGUGGUGGGUGAUACCCCUGAAUCUUGCAUUAAGAGAUCUAAUGAAUCGCAUAGCCAUGAUACAGCCGAUAGUUGUUCAAGCAAGAGUAUAUUGGCUCCAUCUGUCCAGCACGAUGUCUUGAAUGAAAGGCUUAGUAGCGCUGAAGAUAACACUGAAUCUCCUAUACAUCCAGCUACGGGUACAAAUGAAGUUGCUUUCAUGGAGUGUUCUGGUGAAGAUAUCCACUCCAAGGAGACUGAACUGAGAGAACAAGUCGAAUCGAACUUACAAACAUUCUAUAAGGCCCCAGAUAACGAGAUUAAACCCCUUUGCUUGCCUGACAACCAUUCAAAUGAUCUAACUGAAACAUCCGAGUCCAAAGGGACAUAUGACUCUAAUAAAUCUCAACUUGAGGGACCUUCUGAAAAAUUGUUUUCCAACUCUCUUGGUGUCACUUCUUCGAAAUUUUUGGGGGUUGCUUCGUCUGUUUCAGCUGUAAAUAAUAACCAUGGUAAUCUGUCUUACAGUUCUACUUCAUAUGAAUGUGUAAGUGCUGAUUUCACGUUGGAUGAGAAAUUUGGGGACUUGACACUUAAUAUAACUGAUGGGGUUACACACGAACUCAGUGAGGAUUCUGAAUCAUUUUUAUCUGAAUUACAUAGUACUGGCCAAAGUUCCUUUCCAGCUGAUUUAGAUCCUAGCUCCCCCAGCCAAAAGCUGCAUUCUUGUGGUGGUGAGAUUCUCGAUGAGAACAAUAAUGUUAAUAAUGAUAUUAUACUUCCUGUGGAAAAUUCGUCAUACAAUCCAUCAGCUUGGACUCCAGCAGAAACACAAAUAGCUACAGGUAGUGCAGACUGCAAGAUCAUGGAACAUCCUUUGAAGUUGACAAGUGCAUAUGCAGAAGUUGAGCUACCACAGGCGUUUCUCAGGCACAGUUGAUUACAUAUGGCAUUCUGAAGGGCUGCAAACUGCCAAGGUUCUUGCUCCAAUUCCCAAGCAUGUUAUGCAGCAAACUCGGGGAUUUCCUACAAAGAAAUGGGGAAGUGAUCAUAUUGCAUUGGUUUCGGAAUUUGCGUUCACUAAAGACAUUUCCUCCGAGAAACCCAGCCAAUGAUACUUGACAGUCUUGUUUAUUUCACCUUUGCCGUUCACCGAGCAACCGGAGUGCUCUGGAGCAGGAGCGAAAAUCCCAGGCUCCCUCCAAACAUCAGAGCUUGCUGGACUAUUUUUCUUAUGAGCCCAGUUUCAAUACUAGAUCAUCAUUGGUCUACAGCGAUCGACAGUUGUAAUCGUAGCAAUUAGUAUAGUUGAACUUGCAUCCAUGAUCCAUGAUGAAUGGUGGUUGAUGUUGCCACCCCGGGGCCCGGAAACAUCGUUUUCUUGAGUUGUAAAUUAAGUGGAGAUGUCCUGGACGACUACUGGCUGGAAUCUGGACAGCCUGUGAUCAUCAGUAUUCAUUCACAUGAUAUGAUCAUACGAAAUAUUUCAUCAGCUUGAAUGCAA